UUUGAUGUUUUUCUAUUACAUUGGUUUAUGGAAUUUUUUUUCUCUGCUACAUUAGACGAUCGUAGUGGCAACGGCCGCCGGACACAGCCGGACCUUGCGGUGGUGGCCAUGGGUAAUCCGCCGUUGUCUCCACCACUUUUCUCUCCUUCUUCCUUCUUCACUAUUCCUCCUGGUAUCAGCCCCACCCAAUUACUUGAUUCCCCUCUUCUUCUCAACUCUUCUCGUAUUCUGCUAUCGCCGUCCACCGGAGAUUUGAGAAAAUCAGCAAGUAACUGUUCCGGCCACCACCAACAGAAUGUCAAACAAGAACACAACAACAUUACUAAAUUCUCAUUUCCUCCUAAUCACACCACAAAAUCAUCAUCAUCAUCAUCAAUCUUUCAAUCCUCUUCAACAUCUGAGGUGCAAACUCAGGCAUGGGGUUUGGAAUGGGAGAAUGACGACCGGGGAGAUGGAUGGGGGAUGAGGAACAGAUCAGGAUCUGAGGAUGGGUUUAAUUGGAGAAAAUAUGGGCAAAAAGUGGUAAAAGGAAGUGAAAAUCCUAGAAGCUAUUACAAAUGUACAUUCCCAAAUUGCCCUGUUAGAAAACAAGUUGAAAGAUCGUUGAAUAACAAUGGUCAAAUUACUGAAAUUGUUUACAAAAGUAAACAUAACCAUCCAAAACCAGACUUCACUAGAAGGUCAUCUUCCUCUUUUUCUUCUUCUUCUUCUUCUUCCUCUUUUGAACCUGCGCAGCUAAAGAGUUCAAUACCCUCUCACUCUGUAACCACGCCGGAGAACUCUUCAAUCACCAUUGGGGAUGAUCAUUCCGACCAAGCUCAUCCAAGAAGAUGGAAAAGUGAGAGUAGUGAGAAGGAAGAAAUGAUAAGAGGAGGAGGAGGGGUGAAAACAAUGAGGGAAGAAAGGAUUGUAGUUCAAACAAUUAGCAAUGUGGACAAAUUAGAUGAUGGUUACUGGUGGAGAAAAUAUGGACAGAAAGUGGUCAAGGGAAAUCCAAAUCCAAGGAGCUAUUACAAGUGCACAUAUCCAGGAUGUGGAGUGAGGAAGCAUAUAGAGAGGGCAUCCCAUGAUUUUAGAGCAGUUGUCACUACCUACGAAGGGAAGCACAACCACGAUAUUCCGACGGCCCGUGCCGGAAAACCAAUACUUAGUAAUCAGCAGGGUAGAAAUAAUGAGGUUGUGUCGUCGAGCAUUGGUGGUGAUCCACGAUCGAGUUCAAAGAUUUGUAGUGGUACUAAUGGAUUAUUGAGGUUGACAAAUAUGUUGUGGAAUAACAAAGAAGAGGUCGUCGAUAACAUAUACGAGUUGUUAUAAUUAGGAUGAUAAUUACAUUUCGCCAUAAGUUUCUCUAUGUCGUGUAGGAGAUACGUUUGUGUAUAUAUAUAGAAACUAGGGGUUGUUGAAUUAACCUACAAUGGUACAAAAUAACUUAUUUAUGUAAGUAACCAUACUUAACGAAUUCAUAUUUGUUUUCUAACAUUUACGGAAAAUAUUCAUCCACCAAAAUUAAAUUUAUGUGACAUUUUUUUUCUUUUUA